CGGUGCUGAUGAUGCUUUGAAAGGGGGAGUAAACUGAGAGCGCACGUCUCCCCCGCUGCGCACACACGCACGGCGAAAGUGAAGUGAAGAUGCUUGUUCCCCCUCGAUCAGCAGUCCAGCCCGCCAGCCGUCCACUUGCUCCCCCGUCUCAUCUUCUGGUGCCAGCCCGUCACACUGCCUCUGUCCUCGCUUUGCGUGAGGAGUCCGCGCAGCUCGGAGGAGCAGCAGGACGAGGAGGCGAAGGGAGACGCGAGAGAUCCGGAGAACCAUCACCUUUAUAGCGCAUCCGUGGGGAGCUAUGGAUGCGCGGACAAAAGGACGCUUUCUCUUCACCGUGGGCCUCCUGUAUGGGUUUUACUGGCCAGCACCAGUGUUCUCCAAAGGCAACCCGGCGGGGCCGUCAGACACCCUGGCCCCGGCGCAGGGCACUCUGCCGCACUUUAUCCAGGAGCCAGAGGAUGCGUACAUCGUCAAGAGCAACCCCAUCAAGCUGCGCUGUCGAGCCACGCCCGCCUUACAGAUCUUCUUCAAAUGCAACGGGGAAUGGGUGCAUCAGAACGAGCACACGUCCCAAGAGUAUAAAGACCACAACACGGACGGCAGGGGGGAGCCGUCACUCAUCUGCGCCGCCUUGCUAGCUUCUUCCUCGGUAGCGGGAACGGAGUUCAACCUCGGCGCGUGA